ACUAAUAAACAACUAUCGAUAACUCAGAUAUUUGUGUUUUAUUUUUUGUGCGUUUCACCUGAUACUUGAAAAAAAUGAAUUCUGCUGACACGGAAACUCAUUUAUUGGCUUUGAAGGUUAUGCGACUGACCCGCCCCACGUUAGUAGGGCUUGGGCCAAUUGUUACCUGCGAGCCGAAGGAUUUGCCACAGAGUUUUAACCGACUGGUAGAGUUCGAUGGCAUUGCCAGAACCUGUGCCGAAGCACUUGGAGCUGGCCAAACUAUGCUGUUACCCCAAUCAUUUGGAAAUAUAUAUCUAGGCGAAACCUUUUCCAGCUACAUUUGUGUACACAAUUGCACGACUCAUCCCGUUGAAGGCGUUUCUGUAAAGGUCGAUUUGCAGUCAAACACGUCGCGAAUAAAUUUGCUAAUGCAUGAAAACAAGAAAUCUUCCGUGGUCUUAACAGCCGAUGAGACGCUCGAUGAUGUCAUUCGAUAUGAAGUAAAGGAGAUUGGAACUCACAUAUUGGUGUGUGAGGUGAAUUAUACUAGUCCCGCUGGCUUCGCACAAUCUCUGAGAAAGUUCUUCAAGUUUCAAGUGCUCAAGCCACUGGAUGUGAAAACUAAGUUUUAUAAUGCCGAAAUGGAUGAAAUAUAUCUAGAGGCGCAAAUUCAAAAUGUGACCACCGGACCAUUUUGUCUGGAAAAAGUUGAAUUGGAUAGUUCCGAGCAAUACACAGUGACUUCCUUGAAUACGCUACCCAACGGAGAGUCGGUAUUCACGUCCAAAAAUAUGCUGCAGCCAAAUAACAGCUGUCAAUUUCUGUAUUGCAUAAAGCCAAAACCCGAAGUUGCAAAAGACAUCAAAACACUUCGCGAAGCAAAUAAUGUGGGUAAGCUGGACAUUGUCUGGAGAUCGAAUUUUGGGGAGAAGGGCAGAUUGCAGACGAGCCAAUUGCAGAGAUUGCCCUUUGAAUACAAAGACCUGCGCUUAGAAGUAAUCGAUGCUGAAAAUAUUGUCAAAAUCGGCACCAUAUUUACAUUCAAAUGCAGAGUAACCAAUACAGCCGAGCACGCCAUGAAACUGCACAUUACUCUCGAAACUAAAGCGUUUGCCGACUGCCCCUAUACUGGUUCAGCUGAUUUUGUAUUGGAUGUGCUGCAGCCGGGCCAGCUUGCAGAAUUUCCACUAACCAUUUGUCCAUCUAAAUUGGGGCUUAUUAAGGUAUCCCCAUUACUUAUAGUAGACACUCUAAAAAACGAGCAAUUCCUAAUUACAAAAGUUGUGGAAGUCUUUGUUGUAGAUGCCGAUUACCAUCAGGAUGGUACAUUUUUGCUAAAUAAGUUGAUUCGUUAUGAAAAUCCCAUUGACUCGUUAAUGCAAAAGCAAAUACAGUUGCAAGUGGUAUAGUGAUUGCCUGAAUAAAAUUGAAAAUUUAAAAGAAA